AUGCCCCUCCACCACUUGAUGUGCGGCACCUGGACCCCUCCAGGGGCCAUCUUCACCGUUGAGUUUGACGAUGAGGCUUUGACUCUGAAGCUCAUCAAGCGCACCGAGAUUCCUCACGAUGAGCCCAUCUCGUGGAUGACCUUUGACCAUGCCAAGAAGAACCUCUACGGCGCUGCCAUGAAGAAAUGGUCCAGCUUCGCUGUCAAGAGCCCGACCGAGAUAGUCCACGAGGCGUCCCACCCCAUGGGUGGUGAUCCCCGUGCCAACGACGCAGACACCAACACCCGCGCCAUCUUCCUCCUGGCCGCCAAGCAGCCCCCUUACAACGUCUACUGCAAUCCCUUCUACAAGCACGCCGGCUACGGUAACGUCUUCAAUGUCUCCGACACGGGUGCCCUCAAGGACAAUGUCCAGAACUACCCCUACCAAGAAAACACCGGCAUCCACGGCAUGGUCUUUGACCCAACCGAGACCUACCUCUACUCGGCCGACUUGACCGCCAACAAGCUGUGGACUCACCGCAAGCUCCCCUCGGGAGAGGUCGAGCUCGUCGGCAGUGUCGAUGCCCCUGACGCUGGUGACCACCCUAGAUGGCACCCCUCAGGCAACUACCUCUACGCCCUCAUGGAAGCCGGCAACCGCCUCUGCGAAUACGUCAUCGACCCCGCCACCCACCUCCCCGUCUACACCCACCACUCCUUCCCCUUGAUCCCCCCCGGAAUCCCCCAAAAGGACAAGGAAACCGGCAAGGGCCUCUACCGCGCCGACGUCGUCGCGCUGACCUUUUCUGGCAAGUACAUGUUUGCGUCGUCUCGGGCAAACAAGUUUGACCUUCAGGGGUACUGGUCUGCGUUCAAGCUGAGGGACUGCGGCUCGAUUGAGAAGCAGCUUGCGCUGAACCCAACGCCGACGAGCGGCGGUCAUUCCAACGCGGUGAGCCCGUGUGAUUUUAGCGAUGAGUGGGUUGCCAUCACGGAUGAUCAGGAGGGGUGGUUGGAGAUGUACAGGUGGCAGGAUGAGUAUUUGCAUAGGGUGGCGAGGGUGAAGAUUCCGGAGCCGGGGUUUGGGAUGAAUGCUAUUUGGUAUGAUUAG